AACGAUUUCGGCAAACAGCAAAGGAGUGAAAGUGGGUAAAACGAACUCAACCUAAGACCCUCAACGUGACAGUUUAUAAUUUGUCGGUUCUCUGUAUUGGACAUUGGACUUGAAACUAUUGGCAUUUAUUGCUCCUGUACAGCUAUAUCGCUACAAUGCAAGAUCUUGAAGUGAUGCAUGAAAUAUCUUUACUACACGCAUCACCUUUCAUUGCACUACCUUAUGUUGGAGCAUUUAUUGGUCAACGGAUAGUUUAUAAAAAUAUGGAUUGGUAUGAUACUGUGAAAAAACCAUCGUUCGCACCUCCCAAAUGGAUUUUUGGACCCGUUUGGAGUGCAUUAUAUGGCUGCAUUGGUGCUGCCUCCUACCUGGUAUGGAGAGAUGCUCCACACGGGAAAGCUUUACUUCCUUUAGCUGUCUAUGGAGCUCAACUUCUUCUCAACUGGUCCUGGACCCCUGUGUUUUUCGGACAGCAUAAAAUUAAAUACGGAGCUGCAGUAAAUUUGGGCGUCUUUGGUGGUGCUUUAGCAUGUGUAUAUUUAUUCCGGCCAAUCAAUAUCAACGCCAGUAAUCUAAUGAUUCCAUAUACUAUGUGGCUUGCAUUCGCUUCACUUAUAAGUGUUCGUGUUGCUAUGCUGAAUGAUGAUGAUGAUGAUGAUUAACUUGAAUAGUAUAUACUAUCAAAUAUCUUUUAAAGAAAAAAACUAUCGAAAAAGGAAAGCAUAAAUGUAUCAAACUACAAAUAGUGAUAUUAUUUUUAUGUAGGAAAAUUAUACUUCAAAUGAAUUCCUGUUCUUUUAUUAGUUUAGCUGGUCAUAAUUUUGUGAUGUACGUCACAUUUUUGAUUGAAACUCAGGGAUAUUAGUUUUUUUUGGCUGUUUCAUAUUUCAUACUAAUAAAUAAAUAAAUAAAUACGAGUUUU